AUGGUCUCUGCGUCCCGGCUCGAAUGGCUCAGGCUCGCCUUUGCCCGCCAAUGCCGAGUGCGGCUCAACGCGCAUCGCGACCGCGUCAUCGUCCACCUCGUACUGUUGCCGAUCAUUGACACGCACAUGCUGAACGGCCACGCGCUCGUGGUGGUGCAGGCGCUGCUGCUCUCUCUUUUCUCGAGGCUGUGGUCGUCGACCAUGGCCAUGCGGCGUCGACGGGGGAGUCGCACAUCUCCUUCAACGUCAAGCGGCUUCCUGGACAAGGACUUCAACGCGGUCCCCAAGGCGACGGAGGGCAUGACGGAAAUGAUGGGGAUGGCGCUGAUGAUGCACCUGGUCCUCGCCGAGGUUGGGGCGGACGUCGUCGUCGGGAUUCUCUCGGUGGUCCUGGUGAUGGUGAGGAGAAUGAUGAUCCUUGGGGUGAAGGCCGCGAUCCUUGGACUAUGGGCCGCAAUGGAGCGUAAGCGCCACGACACCAUGCUGUUCUGCCUUCGGUGCCGACAUUCCCUGGUUGUCCUACAGAUGCUGUUGUUCAAAAGCGUGGCGAUGUGCUGUCGGUUCGAGCAGAUGUACUGCCAGGUCGUGCCCAUGUACUGCCAGUCCGUGACGGACUGCUGCCAGGUCUACCCGAUGAAUUGCCAGAUCGUGCCGCGGUACUGCAAGGUCGUGAUGACGGGCUACGUGGUCGAGAAGAGGUACUGCCAGGUCGUUCCGAUACACAGCCUGGUCGAGUGGAGGUGCUGCCAGGCCGUGCUGACGUUGUACUGCCAGAUCGUGGAGAGGUGCUGUCGGGCCGUGGAGAUGGACUGCCAUGCCCUGCGGCUGUCCUGCCUGGUCAAGUGGAGGUACUGCCAGGUCGUGUGGAUGUACUGCCAGAUCGUGCCGAGGUGCUGCCAGGUCGUUUGGGAGUACUUCCAGGUCGUGAAGGUGUGCUACCAGGUCGUGGUGAUGUACUGGACGCUCGUGUGGAUGUACUGCCAGGUCGUGAUGGAGUACUGGCAGGUCGUGUGGAUGUACUGCCAGAUCGGGCCGAGGUACUGCCAGAUCGUGUGGGUGUACUUCCAGGCCGUGAAGGUGUACUACCAGGUCGCGAUGACGUGCCGGACGCUCGUGUGGAUGUACUGCCAGGUCGUGAUGGAGUACUGCCAG